AUGAAGGGCCUACUCAGCCUGACACUCCUUCCGCUGCUGGCAGCUGCAUCUCCCACUUGGUCUGAAACCAUCCAUAACGGUGCAGCUCCCCUCAUCUCUUCCACAAGUGCCAAGGAGAUCCCGGAUUCCUAUAUCGUCGUGUUUAAGAAGCAUGUCGGAGCUUCCGCAGCGUCUGCUCACCACAGCUGGGUGCAGGACAUCCACUCGGACAACGUGCGGAUGGAGCUGAAGAAGCGCUCCCUCUUCGGCUUUGAAAGCGAGCCUUACCUCGGCGUGAAGCACACCUUCCACGUUGCGGGCUCGCUGAUGGGCUACGCUGGUCACUUCCAUGAGGACGUGAUCGAGCAGGUUCGCCGGCAUCCGGAUGUCGAGUACAUCGAGAAGGACUCGGAGGUCCACCACUUUGAGGACCCUGCCAUCGAGAAGAAUGCCCCCUGGGGUCUGGCUCGUAUCUCUCACCGUGACAGUCUUUCCUUUGGUAGCUUCAACAAGUACCUUUACGCCGAGGAUGGGGGUGAGGGCGUCGACGCCUAUGUCAUCGAUACUGGUACCAACGUGGACCACGUUGACUUCGAGGGCCGUGCUUCAUGGGGAAAGACCAUCCCUCAGGGUGAUCAGGAUGUCGAUGGCAAUGGUCACGGCACCCACUGCUCUGGCACCAUCGCGGGUAAGAAGUACGGCGUAGCCAAGAAGGCCAAUGUCUAUGCUGUCAAGGUGCUCCGUUCCAACGGCUCGGGUACCAUGUCCGAUGUCGUCAAGGGCGUCGAGUGGGCUGCAGAGGCUCACAUCAAGAAGUCCAAGGCCGCCAAGGAUGGCAAGGCCAAGGGCUUCAAGGGUAGUGUUGCCAACAUGUCUCUGGGUGGUGGUAGCUCCCGCACUCUCGACCUCGCCGUGAACGCUGCUGUUGACGCUGGCAUGCACUUCGCCGUUGCUGCCGGUAACGACAACGCCGACGCUUGCAACUACUCCCCCGCCGCUGCCGAGAAGGCCGUCACCGUUGGCGCCUCAACGCUGGCUGAUGAGCGUGCUUACUUCUCCAACUACGGCAAGUGCACUGACAUCUUCGCACCUGGUCUGAACAUUCUGUCCACCUGGAUUGGUAGCAAGUACGCUGUCAACACCAUCUCCGGAACUUCCAUGGCCUCCCCUCAUAUCGCCGGUCUCCUGGCCUACUAUGUCUCUCUCCAGCCUGCCUCCGACUCCGCCUACGCUGUCGAGGAGAUUACCCCCAAGAAGCUCAAGGAUGCGCUGAUCACCAUCGCUACUUCCGGUGCUCUGUCUGAUAUUCCCUCCGACACCCCUAACCUCCUCGCCUGGAACGGUGGUGGUUCCUCCAACUACACCGAGAUCGUUUCCAAGGGUGGCUACAAGGCUGGUGCUUCCGAGUCCAUGAAGAAGCACCUCGAUGAGCUUGUUGGCAAGGUCGAGGAAGUGAUUGCCAAGGAGCAGAAGGUCCUGAGCCACGAGCUCGGUGCUAUCUACAGCGAGAUCAAGGACGCUGUUAGCGCUUAG